UUAAGGUCGGACACCAUUCAGUCUGGAAGACUAACCCAACUAAACAGGAUGGCAGCAGCACCCGAGUGGCUUACCCACGAAUAUAUCGAGCACGCCCUGCGCUCCCACUACAAAGAUGAUGGGCUAACUAUAACCGAUCUACAGAUAAAUCCCGCCUUGGGACCUGGCGAAAAUUACGGAGGAGUUCUGACCCGUGCUCGUGUGCAAUUUGCACUAUCCAACCAGGAGAAGCACCUGCAGAACCUGAUUGUAAAGACGGAAAUUGAUGACGAUGAGUUGACCCAGGUGAUGGCUCCCUAUGAUAUAUACAACCGUGAAAUGACAAUCUACCAGGAGGUGUUGCCCAAACUUAAGGCGCUACUUAAUGAAACCGGAGAUACCGAAAGAAUCUUUCCCACUGCCAUUUUUGUGGAUCGCGAGCGCAUGGCCAUUAUCUUUGAGGAUUUAUCCGUGGCCGGAUAUGUAAUGGCCGAUCGAGUACGUCGCCUUAACGAGGAGCACACGCACCUGAUCCUCCGAAAGCUGGCCAAAUUCCAUGCCGCCUCAGCAGUUUUGAAUGAAAGGCAAAAGGGAAGCCUAGAAAGCUUCGAUCGUGGGUUCUUCAAUCGAUAUACUAAUGCUUAUAGUGGCUACUUUGUUGGUGGUCUUUUGGCCGCGGCUCGGUGGAUGAGCCAGGUGCCCAAGUUGGCCCACUAUGGGGAGAAACUAUUCGCUCUGGCUCCCCACUACAUGGACAUCGGCAGGGAGUGCUUCACACCCAACCCGGGUCAAGUCAACGUUCUGGCCCAUGGGGAUGUGUGGACCAAUAAUGUGAUGUUCAAGUACGAUCCAAGUACAGGACGUCCCGUAGGUCUCCUCAUUGACUUCCAGUAUUCCUUCUGGGGCUCGCCCUGCAUCGAUCUCCACCAUCUAUUCAAUACUUCCCUGAAGGAACCUCUGCGUCGGGAUCAACAGAGUGCACUCUUCCAGUUUUACCACAGUAUUUUUAGUGAAACAUUACGAAAACUUGACUACCGUCAGAAUCCCAUUCCCAGUCUGCAUCAAUUCAAAUUGGAGGUGGAGCAAAAACGUUUCUUUGCUAUGCAUUCUACAGUGGUCGUACAGCCAGUGAUGAUCAGUCAGGAUCCGGAUGCCUGUUUUAAUGCCUUGAUGAACGAUGAUGAGCGUGGCAUUCGGUUCAAGAACCGGUUAUAUAACAAUCCCACAGUUCAACAAAAUUUGCAUUCUCUGGUCCCAUUUUUUGAUACAAAGGGACUGCUGGAAGUGAACCAAACCUGUUAAGAUUUUAAAAGAUUGGUUUUAGUUUUUAAAUAUAUUAAAUACUCCUGUUAUUAAU